UAAAAUCUGCCAUUAUGUAUGUAAAAUGAGAGAGAAUGAGGGUACAUUUACAAGCCAAGCUGCUGAAGCCAAGGGAAGUAACUGUGAUAAUUCAAAAUCUUUACACAGUGAGACUUUGUGUUACACUAGUGUGAAGAAAAGUAGAACAGAUUCUUGUACUGGUUUUAUUUCAUCGACAAAAACAAACGGCAAAAAGUAUUCCUUAAGACACAUUCCUGGUAAUAAGUCAAGAGAGGUAGAAAAGUUCCCAGAUAACACGAAACGUACACCGAAAAUCAGGUCAUCUCAAGGUUCUACAUUAGGUUCAAACAACAGUUCAGAUUUAUUAGGUCUUUCUACUGUGAAUGACCCAACUUGUUACAAAGAACAGGCAGUUUCAGAUUUUGAAAAACAAUUGUUAGUUGUGUUGAACAAAAUUCCAAGAGAAGUUAAGUUUAAUGAUUUAGAAUCUUUUGGACUUCAAACAAAAAAAGAAUACUUAAAAUGUAAGCAGGCUGUUGUUUGUUUGGAAGAUUGUUUAAAAAAAGAGAAGUGUACCAAAAACGGAAUUUCUACAAAGCAAAGUGAACAAAGAUAUUCUGUUAAAAUGAAACAAGUAGGAGCAAGGUCACCGAAAAGACAAUCUCCAGUCCGCAAUAGUGCCACUGUUUCUGGUACUAAAGAUUCCCCAUUUAUAAGGACAACAUACACAAAACCUUCAAAAGACACUGUCAUUGAUGGAAAAUCUUCUCUUGAUAGCAAAGCUCAAACUUCUGCUAGACAGGAUGAUUUGGUUUCUGAUAUGUCAGUAAAGGUUAAGAAAAAGGGAAAUAUUGCAAUGAAGAAAGAAGCAGUUAGACAUGAAGAGGAUAAAGUGACCAAGAAACAUACCAACAUAAGUCAUGGUGAUUCUCUAAUCUCUGAAACAGAAAAUACUGAAACAGAAAAUGCAAAACCCAAGAGUAAAACUAUUGAUACAGGCAAAGGUGAUACUGCAUGUGCUAAAGAUACAGCAGAAAAAGAAAAAACAAAUUCACCAAAGAAAAGAGGAAGAAAACCAAAAUCUGCUGAAUCAACUCCAUUUAAAGGGGAGAGAAAAAUAUCAGAAUCUAAUCCAGGUGGUGACACAAAUGCUACCCCAAAUAUUGUGAUAACACCAUCAAAAGAUGACAGAAAAACAUCCAAAAGCCCUAGGUCAAGGAAAAAAAAAGGGGAAAGCGAAAAUUCACCUGCCACUUUAAAAGAAAUUUCAUCAGACAAUGACAAACUUGCUGUUGGUAAAAAUUCAAGGUUAUCGUCAGAAAGCCCAAGUCCUGUAAGAAGGAAAAGGUCUCCCAAAUUACAUUUAGAUGAAAAGGAAAGUCCUAAGGCUAAGAAAAAGGGAAAUGAAAAGAAAUCAAAGAUAGAUAAAGCUGAAAUUGAGUGUGAUGUAAAGAGUGAUAUUGGAGAAACCAAUCAGGUCAUAGAUAUUAAUGAUUCUCAUGUUGAUGAAGUGAUUGAUGAUGUGGUAAACAGAAACAUUGAAAUGUUAAAUAAGCAAUCAUCUAAGAAGUCACCUUUGAAGAAAACUAAACAGUCAGAGUCACCAGAAAAGAAAAUGGCAUCUACUAAUAAAGAUAAGAAAUCUCCAAGGAAAAAAUCUCAGGACAAAGAAACUUGCUCAGAUGAAAAGAAAAAGUCUCGCUCAAGAAGUAAUAGUGCUUCACCUAAAAAAGAAAAGAAAAAACUAGAAUCCAUGUCUGGACCUAGUGAUGACAGUCCAAGUCCUGUGAAAAAAUUAGAUUUUGAUGACCAAAUUACUAAAGUUAUUAUUGAAAAAUCCAAAUUGCCUUUCCCAAGUGACUUUCAAUACAAAUACCCCUCAUCAACAAUUGGUUGUCUAGGUUUGAAUGACCUUAUCAGUAAAGUAGAUAGUUUAGUGAAAAAUAAGGAUGAUAACCUGACAGCAUUGCUUGGAAAAGUUGAAACAGAGUAUUAUCCUGAAGAAACUUCCCCAAGUUCCAAUGAUACAGAUGUAAAUACAAGCACAGAUAGUGACAAAACAAUAAUUGAAUUUGAAGAUGUUCAAGAAAACUCCUUUAAAGAUAGUGAAAUAAGUGAUGAAAAAGAUUCAGCAGAACAACUUGAUUCUUCGUUUGAUGAUGAUAAAAAUGACACAUCAGAGAAGCUUGAAGAAGUAAAGAGUGAUAAAAGCAAGUCAGGUGAAUCGGGCAUUGAUUUUAUUGACAAUAUGGAAAAAGUCUGA